AUGGCAACAUAUCAUGCACAAUUACCAGUUUCUCAGACUAUCUAUAUGCUGACUCUUUUUGGCGUUGGGGCAUUUAUAAUGAGAGGUGCUGGAUGUACGAUCAACGAUUUAUGGGAUAGGAGAAUCGAUAAAUGGGUGGAACGGACACAAAACCGACCAAUUGCAUCAGGUGUGGUGACUCCUUUUCGGGCCCUUAUUUUUCUAGGAUUACAAUUAUCAGCAGGGUUAACAGUCUUGACCCAAUUAAAUUAUUAUAGUAUUAUUCUCGGUGCGGCAUCUUUAAGCAUUGUUUCUAUAUACCCGUUAAUGAAACGUGUAACUUUUUGGCCGCAACUCUACCUUGGACUAGCUUUUAAUUGGGGUGCAUUAUUGGGUUGGCCAGCGAUGAUUGGCAGCAACGAAUGGUCAGUUACUCUCCCGUUAUAUUUUGCCGGUGUGUGUUGGACGUUGGUGUACGAUACGAUUUAUGCACAUCAGGACAAGAGCUUUGAUAGUGCGAUUGGAGUAAAGUCAACUGCUCUUUUGUUCGGGGACAGUACCCGACUAUGGUUAAGUUUUUUCUCAGGAUCAAUGGUGACACUUCUCAUUCUGGCAGGACAGAUGAACGGCCAUAAUUGGCCUUUCUAUUCGAUUUCUGUUCUGGGUACAGGAACUCACCUUGCGUGGCAGCUUCGUACGGUGAAUUUUGAUAACGUGGCUGAUUGUGAUAGAAAAUUCCGUAAUAAUAAAUGGAUUGGCAUUUUGGUAUUGAGUGGUAUUUUGGCUGAUAUCGCUUGGAAAACUUUGAAUAGUGACCAAUCAACAAGCAUUUCAGAAAUAGAUUAA